CCUUUCGCUCGGUUGUCUCAGCGCAGGUCUCCGCUGGCUUGCGCCCCCUCCCCGGGAGCCCCCGCCGCCCCUGCCGCCGGCCUGGCCCCCCCGCCCGAGUCCACCCCGCCCCCCGGAGUCGUUUUCUCCGGGGCGCCGCCGAUUCACCUGGUAUUUGCAUCUCGCCCUCCAACUUGCCUUUGGCGGCGCGACGUGUGGGAGAGCCCUUGCGCCUCGCCCGCCCCGACCGGCCUGCCCCCGCGCCGAGGUUGCUCCUGCGGUUAGCCCAGCCCAGCAUGCAGCCUUGAACCUGGCUUAGGCCACCACCUACUCCAGCUCCCUAUUCUACUGUGGCUCAGGGUGUAGGCUCUAAGCUUCAAGAUACCUGAGCAACAUCUUUUCAUCAGGAAAACCCUGCAGCUCCAGAGGGCCCUGCGAGUCCUGCUGUCAGCUCUGAGAAGACAGCAUGGCUAUUACCCUGCAGCCCAGUGACCUGAUCUUUGAGUUUGCAAGCAACGGGAUGGAUGACAUACACCAGCUGGAAGACCCCUCAGUGUUCCCAGCUGUGAUUGUGGAGCAGGUACCCUACCCCGAAUUACUGCAUCUGUACUCAGGACUGGAGCUGGACGACGUUCACAAUGGCAUCAUAACGGACCGGACCUUGUGCAUGACGCAGGAUCAGAUCCUAGAGGGUAGUUUUUUGCUGGCAGAUGAAAAUGAUGCAACCUCACAAACUAUGUCAACCACUGAAGUCUUGCUCAAUGUAGAGUCUCCCAACAACAUCCUGGAUGAGAAGCAAAUCUUUAGCACCUCUGAAAUGCUUCCAGACUCAGACCCUGCUGCAGCCAUCACUCUGCCCAACUACCUGUUUACUGUCUCUGAGCCCAAUGCCCUGAACCGGGCUGGUGACACUUGUGACCAGGAGGGGCAUUCUCUGGAGGAGAAGGUCCCCAGAGAAGAAAGUGCCAAGAACACUGGAAAAUCAAAGAAGAGAAUCAGGAAGACAAAGGGUAACCGCAGUACCUCACCUGUCACUGACCCCAGCAUCCCCAUACGGAAGAAAUCUAAGGAUGGCAAAGGCAGCACCAUCUAUCUGUGGGAGUUCCUCCUGGCGCUUCUGCAAGACAGGAACACCUGCCCCAAGUACAUCAAGUGGACCCAGCGAGAGAAAGGCAUCUUCAAGCUGGUGGAUUCCAAAGCUGUGUCCAAGCUAUGGGGAAAACAGAAAAACAAGCCUGACAUGAACUAUGAGACAAUGGGGCGGGCACUCAGAUAUUACUACCAAAGGGGCAUUCUUGCCAAAGUGGAAGGACAGAGGCUGGUGUACCAGUUUAAGGAGAUGCCCAAGGACCUAGUGGUGAUUGAAGAUGAGGAGGAGAGAAAUGAAGUCACAGAGUCAUCCCCUCAGGCCUCCACUGCCUCCACCUCCUCUACCAGCACUGCUCGGCGAGCCAGCUCCAGGGUCUCAUCCAGGCCCGCCCCCCAGGGCAAGGGCAGCCCUCCCUGGGAAAAGCCGAGGGUUCAGCACAUUGGUCUACAGCCAUCUGCGAGUCUGGAAUUAGGACUGUCUCUAGAUGAGGAGAUCCCUACUACCUCCACCGUGCUUGUCUCUCCACCAGAGGGCCAGGCCAAACUCACCAAAGCUGUGAGUGCUUCUCCAGUGCCCAGCAACAUCCACCUAGGAGUGACCCCUGUGGGGUCAGGCUCAGCCUUAACCCUGCAGACAAUCCCUCUGACCACAGUGCUGACCAACGGGCCUCCUGCCAGUACUACUGCUUCAACCCAGCUCGUUCUCCAGAGUGUUCCGCCUGCUUCGACCUUGAAGGACACCUUCACUUUGCAGGCCUCCUUCCCCCUGAGCACCAGUUUCCAAGAAAACCAGGUGGCAGCACCAGGGACUCCAGUGAUUCUCAGUGGCCUCCCCCAACUUCUGGCUGGGGCCAACUGUCCAACUAAUCCAGCAGCACCCUUGGUCUCAGGGGCUGGAGCAGCGGGGCCCAGCUCUCAGCCCCCUGGGACUGUCAUUGCUGCCUUCAUCAGGACUUCCGGUGCCACAGCAGCCCCUGGGGUCAAGGAGGGGCCACUGAGGCCCUCCUCAUAUGUGCAGGGCAUGGUGACUGGGGCCCCCAUGGAGGGGCUGCUGGUUCGUGAAGAGACCCUGAGGGAGCUCCUGAGGGAUCAGGCUCACCUUCAGCCACUUCCAACCCACAUGGUUUCAAGGGGUUCCCACAAUCCGAGCCUUCUGGGAAACCAGACUUGCUCUGCUCCUAGCCGCCCCACUGUUGGGCUGACCCCGGUGGCUGAACUUGAGCUAUCCUCAGGCUCAGGGUCCCUGUUUAUGGCUGAGUCUAGUGUAACCACAUCUGGGAGCCUGCUGACUAGAUCCCCAACUCCAGCCCCCUUCUCCCCAUUCAAUCCCACUUCCCUCAUUAAGAUGGAGCCCCACGACAUAUAAAUGGAGGGGGUGGGCAACUGUGACCCACCAGGCAAAGCUGAGCAUCAUUUGUAUAUGGACUGCCUCUAGCAGAGACUGACGAAGCAGCUCACCUGCCCUUACAUUUCGGUGGGAUGUCAAUACACCAGACCCCCCAACGCCCACCCCUGCCUGAUGUCACCAUAGCCAAGCCAUGCCCAGUUUGAGCAUCUCUGGUGUCAGACCAUGGUCUUCAAGAGCACUAGGGGAUAUGCUUUUGUCAGGAGUAGUGAGCUGAUGUGGUGAUGAAAGCAUAACCUCCUAAAAAGUUGGUAGCCAGGGGAGGUGCAGGGGCUUCACAGGAAAAGUCCUUUUUUGCCUGGCUGCAUUUCACCAUCUAUGUUCCCUCUGCAGGGAACUUACUAUCCCGUAUGUGAAUAUCUCGGUAUAUAUUUGUGUGUACUCUUGGGUCUGUAUCAUUUCUUUGGAGAGGAUGAGGGUACAACUAUGAGGUCUUAAAGAAUGUGUCUCUCUCUGUGGGUCAGUCGCAGAGAUGAAGAUUUGUCUUAAUGAAAAACAUUCUCUAGUUCCCUUUGUACAAACCAAGAUUGAGUUGCUCUGAGACUAUGGGGUACAGGUUGGAUCACCCAAAUCUGGAGCAGGUCCAGGGUAGUAGAGCUUUGAUUGGCAUGUGUGUUGGAGCACAUGCAGUUCUAAGGGACAGGAGAAGGCCAAGUCAUAAAGAGAGGGAAGGAAACUCAGCCCUGGGGAGUAGCUCCCCAGCCUAGACUGAGGCCCUCUUCCUCGAAUCGGCCUCCUUGCCCACCAGUCACUUGCCAGCAUGCUGGAACCUUGGCCACCCCAGAGGGCUAUGCUGAAGGGUUACACAGGAGUCAAGUGCUCCUCCAGGGUUAGACUCAGCCACCAAGUCCUUAAGCGGAGCUGAAUUAAUUGAAUGUUUGCGCUGAGGUCUGGGGCUGUAAGAUCAGUCUUUGCGUCUGGCAUUCAUCCUGAAUCCUGGGUUCCCUCUUGAUUAGUUUUGCUCCUGAUAUUUUCCUGCUGUCAGGCAUUGCUGAGGAUAGUUGUGUAGCAGUGUAGAUUGGGUCUGCUUCCACUCCCAUUCAUGUAUGCCUGCCACAGAGCCCGCCUUCUACUCACUUUAUAAGUUUGCCAACCCACCUGCCCCCACCAUGGCUACAGCAGGCAUGCAAGUGGACCACUGCCCCUCUUCUCCAACUUUCACAACUGGCCCUGAUUCCUUCACCAAGAAGACAGAAGUCAACAGAUGUGAGCUCCCAUGGUACUUCUGUCUCUACAUGGCUCCUUGCUUCCCUCUUUCCUCUCUGAGGAAGCGUCAGCUGAUUCUCUCUGAAAGACAAUUCCUUGCCUUAGGGUCUGGAUUCCGUCCCCUGUCCCUUCUUUGAAUGAGCUUGCUUCUCUCCUGCCAAGUUUGGGGGCAAGGCUAACAGUGAAGACACGUCAAGCUUCAGAAACAAUUACACUGUCUGGUGAAUUUGGUUAAUGUGAAUCGGUGCCUCAGGACCUUUGCUUUGUCCUCAGUGCAAAACCAUCCACUUGAUCUAACUACCUCCCCAGGCUGCUCUGCUCUCUCUCCUCAUCACUGUCAAGCUUACUAUCAUUCUCUCCCACUCUCUUCUUGUUUCCCUGCCCCCAGGAGGGAACCAUAUACAGUUGUGCAGGUAUAUUUAUUACAUGUCUCCAGCAUAUGGCAUUAAAGUGCCUUUUUCUAAUAAAAUCAGUUUAUUGUGACAAUUUCAUGAUGGUGGAAAGUAAAGCAUCUUGAGAGUCACCUUGAAAAACAAUUGCAUAAAGGUGCUGCAUGGGUUAGGGGUGGCCCUGGCCCCCACUUCAACUCCACAGAACUUAUCAUUUGAAGGUCGCUGAUGUCUUCAUGGUGACAUCAAAUGUCUUCAAAGUUCUUGGCCCCUGUGAGCCCUCAUAGCACGUGACACUAUUUCCCAUCCUCUCUAGCACUAGCCAGGCUUAACUGCGCCCUCUGUCGCCUACUCUGAGCCCGCAUGUGCUGGCUCUGCAUCUACAAUUUCAGUGUGACUAUCCCCCAGAUGUCUCAUCCAUCCGCUUGGCUUUGACUCAGCAAUUCCUUGAUGAGUCCAAAAUCUAGAGCUGUAGCCCCCAUUUUUCUCAGCUCCUGGCUAACAUGUCCAGGGGCCUGCUGGACAUUUCUACCUAGAUGCUGCCAGGCCUUCAAAGACAGCCUGUCUCCCAAAAAUCGAUUUCGAAAGUCUUUACACACACACACACACACACACACACACACACACACACCUUUCCAAGAAAAAAAAGCUGUCAUGACUUGCCUAUUUCUGUUAAUGGUGCCACCAUUUUCCUGACAUUUCAGAGCCAUCUGAUGGCUACAUUCAUUUGACCUUUCCCCCACCCCCCUCCCCAUCUCUUGAAGUCCAGUGCCAUUUGCCAUGUCUCUCAAUCUGGCCCUCUACAUUCCCAGAGCCUCAAACUACCCAGAGCUUAUCCCCCUCUCUAGACACAUCCAUAGCCCUACUGUGACCUUGUCCCCUCCAAUCUGCCAGGGUGACAAUUCUGAUCUGCUAAAAACCUUCGAGGGCUCCUCAUUGCCUGUGGGUAGGGGUGAUACUCAAAAUACUUAACCUCUAAUCCAUUUUAGGCAGCUGGGCAUUAACUUCAUUUGCUGAAUCACGAGGCAGUCCAGGGGUCCUGGAGGAGGAGCAAAGGGGGCAUUUGAGGGCUCAGAGCAGGAGUUCCAAAAGUAUUUUGAGUUCAGCGUCAGUCUUCAGACAAGUUUCCAAGUCCUUGACCUUCUGGCAAGGUCCUUCAUCAUCAGGUCCUAUCUGACUUCCCCAUUCGUCUCUCAUACUGCUUCCCCCACCCCCAAUGUAUUGCUCCAGCCAAACCGAUGGACUUGGUGGGCUUUGAACAAGCUUCUGUUCAAAUUUCCCACCUCUGUGUUCUUGCUUUACUUGGUUCUGGCUCAACCAGAAUGUUCCUCCCACCCCAUUAGUACCAACUGAAUCCUAUCCAUCCUUCAAGACUCAAUUCAUGAAAGCUGCCUCCCCAGAGUUCUUUAUUUGAAACUUGUAGUAAUUGCCACUCUUUUGGCAACUGACCACAAACAACCUGUGACAUCUCCUCUAUUAUAAUCACAAACUGUUACUAAAUCUUCAAUGAUCUGGACUUACUUAGUCUCCCCAAUUAGCAUGUUACCUUCUGAGGGGUCGGGGACUGUCUCACCCACAGAGGAGGGCACACUACAUACAAACCAUCUAGUGAGCAUCAGCAAACUGAUUGAGCUGGUGAGAGAUGGGGACCAAACUUUGAGGUAGGUGACGCCAACCUCCCCUCUGCACAGGCACUCACCCCAGGUGCUCCACUGCCUAGGGCCUGUGCUCCCUGGUUCAGUGCCCUCGUGGUUCCCCCCAGCCUCCACACCCAAGAGUUGUUACUACUUUAAACACCCCUCUACCCCUAAAGAAACUUCCCUGUCCAGUUUCUUUCCUAACUCAAAGUGUUGAACUAAUCUGAUAAACUAACCUAUGCUGAUAUAGUUACGGGAGAGGGCUAGAGGAGAACCUCAGGAGACAGGUUUGUUUUAACCAGGGUCUUGUGGCAAUAACAUCCCUGCCGGUGUGAUAGUUUAAUAGUCAAGGGACUCGCUUCUUGCCCCCAGCAGCUGACUUAUUACUCCCUCCUCUGGGCUCCCACAGCACUUUGUAUAUACCUCUUACUGUAGCACUUAGCAAAUGGUAGCACCUGAGUUAUGUGUUUAUAUACGUUUCCCCUCCAAUAGACUGUGAGCUCCUCAAGGACAGGGACUGUGUGUUAGUCACUGAUGUAUUCCCAGCGCCUAGCACAGUGCCUGGCACACAGUAGGUGCUCAAUAAAU